GUGCUGUGCAGGGUUUCCAGUGGGUGCCUGCAAGGGAAAGACAGCUUCUAAGGAAUGAGAAAUAGGAGGAGUUAGUCCCUGACCUGGGGCUGAUCUUCAUCAAGUGCUACACAGGAAGAGAGAUUAUUUUCAAGCAUUAUGAAGACAGAGAAGGAUCCCGAAGAUGAAGAAAACGUCACUAGGGAUCCAAGCUAAGUGUUGCUUGGCAUGCGAGGGACUGGGUCACUGGUUAGGAGCUUGAGAGCUUUCUUUGUGAACUAGAGACUGUAACUCUGUACAGAGUAUUUUGCUGUUAGUAACAAAAGCUGAAUCCUGUGUAUCAUGAACUGUUGGCUUUCGUGUGCUCCUGAGAACAGGCAUGCAACAGACUGGAAUAAAUAUGACGACCGAUUGAUGAAAGCAGCAGAGAGAGGGGAUGUAGAAAAGGUGUCCGCAAUCCUUGCGAAAAAGGGCGUCAAUCCAGCCAAACUGGAUGUGGAAGGCAGAUCUGCCUUCCAUGUUGUGGCCUCCAAGGGAAAUCUUGAGUGCUUGAAUGCUCUCCUUAUCCAUGGAGUUGAUAUUACGACCAGUGACACUGCCGGAAGAAAUGCCCUUCACCUGGCUGCUAAGUAUGGACAUGCAUUGUGCCUGCAGAAGCUCCUACAGUACAAUUGUCCCACUGAACACGUAGACCUGCAGGGAAGAACUGCACUUCACGAUGCAGCCAUGGCAGACUGUCCUUCCAGCAUACAGCUGCUUUGCGACCAUGGGGCCUCUGUGAAUGCCAAAGACAUUGAUGGCCGGACCCCGCUUGUUCUGGCUACUCAGAUGUGUAGGCCAACGAUAUGUCAACUGCUAAUCGAUAGAGGAGCAAAUGUUAACUCCAGAGACAAACAAAACAGAACUGCUCUCAUGCUAGGUUGUGAGUAUGGUUGCAAAGAUGCAGUGGAAAUCUUAAUUAAAAAUGGAGCUGACAUCAGCUUGCUGGAUGCCCUGGGCCACGACAGUUCAUACUAUGCAAGAAUUGGUGACAAUCUGGACAUUCUGACCUUGUUGAAGACAGCGUCAGAAAAUACCCACAAAGGGAGAGAACAUUGGAAGAAGGGACCCUCUGUACAACAGCGGACUUUGACACAUAUGCAAAGCGAAGUCAAUGUGACGCCAGAUCAGAGGGAGCAUCAGAACAUUCAGGACUUGGAGAUUGAAAAUGAAGAUUUGAAAGAGAGGUUGAGAAAAAUUCAGCAAGAACAAAGAAUACUACUGGACAAAGUCAAUGGUUUACAGUUACAGCUGAAUGAGGAAGUGAUGGUUGCUGAUGAUCUGGAAAGUGAGAGAGAAAAGCUGAAGUCCCUUUUGGCAGCCAAAGAAAAGCAGCAUGAGGAAAGCUUAAGAACCAUCGAGACUCUGAAAAAUAGAUGUAAAUAUUUUGAGAGUGAUCAUUUAGGAACAGGAAGCCAUUUCAAUAACCGAAAAGAAGAUAUGCUUCUUAAACAGGGUCAAAUGUAUAUGACCGAUUCACAGUGUCCUUCCCUGGGCAUACAAGCUCACAUGCAAAGCAGAUCUAUGUUGAGACCUCUGGAGCUAUCUUCACCUGGCCAAACUUCAUACUCUGAAAAUGAAAUUUUAAAGAAAGAGUUAGAAGCAAUGCGAACUUUCUGUGACUCAGCAAAACAAGACCGACUCAAGCUCCAGAAUGAGCUGGCUCACAAGGUGGCUGAGUGCAAAGCGCUGGCGUUGGAGUGUGAGCGGGUCAAGGAGGACUCGGACGAACAGAUCAAGCAGCUGGAAGAUGCACUGAAGGACGUGCAGAAGAGGAUGUACGAGUCGGAAGGCAAAGUGAAGCAAAUGCAGACCCAUUUUCUGGCUCUCAAAGAGCACCUCACAAGUGAGGCAGCCACAGGGAGUCUCAGGCUCGUCGAGGAGCUGAAGGAGCAGCUGAGAGACACGAAAGCAAAAUAUGAAGGGGCGUCAGCAGAAGUGGGGAAGUUAAGAAACCAAAUCAAACAAAGCGAGAUGCUGGUGGAGGAGUGCAAGAGGGACAGGAGCAAGCUGUUAGAAGAAAACAAGCGACUGCAAAAGGACGUGAGUGUGUGCGAAAUGCAGCAGGAGAAGGAAGGGAGAAGGGUGGUGGAGAUGGAAGGGCAGUUAAAAGAAUUAUCAGCGGAGUUGGCCCUUUCCAUUCCAAAAGUGAAAUUUGAAAGCAUGAAGAGCUUAUUAUCCAGUGAAGUGAAUGAGAAAGCAAAAAAGUUAAUGGAUACAGAAAGAGAAUAUGAAAAAGCACUCAGUGAAAUUCGACAGUUAAAGAAAGAAGUGGAGGAUGUUAAGGCCAAGCUUGCUCAGCGAAUUAGACCAGAGGAGCAUGAGCAGCUCAAGAGCAGCCUUGAGCAGAAGUCCGGAGAGCUUGCGAAGAAGAUCACUGAGUUAACAAUGAAAAAUCAGACUUUACAAAAGGAAAUGGAAAAGGUCUGUCUGGAUAAUAAGUUCCUCAACCAGCAAGUGCAUAAUCUGACCAUGGAAAUUAAAAAUGAUUAUGUCCCUUUAAAAGUAAACCAAGAACUGAAAAAGUCACAUGGUGUGGAUAUUGAAGGUUUGAACAGGAAGCUUUUAGACGUGACUCAAAAAUACACAGAAAAGAAGUUGGAAGCGGAGAAGUUGCUGCUGGAGAAUGAGAAUUUACGCACGGAUGUUAGCCGCCUGGAGACUGUGUAUGUGCCUCCUGAGAAACACGAGGAAGAGGUAACGGCUCUGCAGUCCAGGAUUGCUGAGCUGAAGGAAGAGCUGUCUGAACGUAAUAAAAAAUGUGCGGAAGAUCAAGAGAAAAUACAUGCACUCACGUCUGAAAACACUCACUGGAAAAAGACUCUGCAUGUUCAGUACGUGCCAGUCAAGACCCACGAAGACAUUAAAAUGGCACUGAGCAACGCAUUAGAUAAAACUAAGAGAGAACUACUAGAUGUGAAGAAAAAGUCAGAAGAGUCGAAUCAAGAAUUUCUGAAAGUAAGAGAUGAGAAUGAAGUAUUAAAAAGAAAGCUGGAAAACACUCAGAAUCACAUUAAAGCUGAGUACAUCAGCCUGGAAGAGCACAAGGCACAGGUGAGUGCGCUGCGUAAGAGUGUGGAGAAGGCACAGGCCGACAAGGCAGACAUGCUGGCUGACUACACAAAAGGCCAGGAGGAGAUCCUCACGCUGCAUGCCGAGAUUCAGGCCCAGAAGAAGGAACUCGACACAAUACAGGAAUGCAUUAAGCUAAAAUAUGCUCCCAUUAUCAGCUUUGAAGAAUGUGAGCAAAAAUUCAAAGCCACGGAGAAGGAACUCAGAGAACAGUUGUCAGAGCAGAUACAGAAGUGUAGAGUCAGAGAGGAAGAGGCCAAGAAGAGCACGGAAGAGAAUGAAAAGCUUAAGAAGGAAAUCUUGGCUCUUCAGAAAGAUUUACAGGAUAAGAGUGUUCUGAUUGAGAACUCCCAUGAAAAGGAAAGAGCUUUCAGCAAAAAGUCAGAAGAGCUAAGCAAGCAGGUCCAAGACCUGUCACAGAAGUACACAGAUGUCAAGAAGGAGAAGGAGAAGCUGGUGGAAGCCAGUGCCAAACAGGCCUCGGAGGUGCUGGCAGCGCACAGCCUUCUGCAGCAGCACGUUCCGUUGGAACAGGUGGAGGCUCUGAAAAGCAGCCUGAAUGGCACCAUCGAGCAUUUAGAGCAAGAGCUGAAGAAGAAACAAAGGUGCCUUGAGGAAGAGCAGCAGACGGUGACCACACUGCGCCAGCUGCUGGAGAAUCAGAAAAACUCUUCUGUGGCCCUGGCCGAGCACUUGCAGGUGAAGGGAACUUUGGAGAAGGAGGUUGGACUCAUCCGGGCACGUCUGAGAGAAAAGGAAGAGGAGAGCCAACGCAGAACUGAAGACGUCUCUAAACUCCAGUCCGAGGUUCAGAGGACUCAGCAGGCAUUAAAACAGUUGGAAACUAGAGAGGUAGUUGAUUUGUCUAAACACAAGGCAAUGAAAAGUGAUUUGGAGGCACAGAUUGCUAACUUAAAUGAAAGACUGGCCAAUCUGAAUAGAAAGUAUGAGGAAGUCUGUGAGGAGGUUUUGCAUGCCAAAAAGAAAGAGCUGCCCACAAAAGAAGAGAAGGAAUUUCUACAUUUCAACCUGGAGCAGGAGAUCAAGGAUCAGAAGGAACGAUGCGAUCGGUCCCUAACAACAGUCACAGAGCUGCAGAGAAGAAUUCAAGAAUCUGCUAAACAACUUGAAGCCAAAGAUGAUAAGAUAACUGAACUGCUUAAUGAUGUCGAAAGGCUGAAGCAGGCACUCCAUGGCCUUUCCCAACUCACCCACAUGAGCGGGAGCCCCACCAAGAGGCAGAGCCAGCUCAUUGACAGUCUGCAGCACCAGGUGAAAUCCCUGCAGCGGCAACUGGCUGAUGCUGAGAGACAGCACCAAGAAGUAAUUGCAAUUUAUCGCACACACCUUCUUAGUGCUGCACAGGGCCACAUGGAUGAGGAUGUUCAGGCCGCCUUGCUUCAGAUCAUCCAAAUGCGGCAGGGGCUCGUGUGCUAGCAGCCGGCUGUGUCCGCCAAGGUCUGCCUUUUCCUGUUGGUGCUGAAUGUUCUGGGUGCAACUCCUUAGCCUUUGCUUGGCCUUCCAGGGCUGGUGUAGUUAAAAUAAAAUGAAUUUUGUUCCA